UGUGGGUGGGUCAGUUAGACCUGGGAGGAAUCUGAUGACUCUGCAAUCAUCGGCAUGAAUUAUAAGAGGGAAGUGAGAGAAUCCCAGUCACAGUAAAGGAACUGACUGAACAAGGCAGUGGUCAUCACUGAGGCUUUCAUCAUGGGGGAGUGGUCCUUCUUGUCUGAUUUGUUGGACAAGGUGCAGUCUCACUCCACUGUAGUGGGGAAGGUCUGGAUGAGUGUUCUUUUUCUCUUCAGAAUCUUCAUCCUGGCUGCUGGUGUAGAUAGAAUUUGGGGAGAUGAACAAGCAAACAUGAAUUGUAACACCAAAAGCCCUGGCUGCAAGAACGCCUGCUACGACCGAUCCUUCCCUAUGUCUCACACGCGUUUCUGGGUCCUCCAGAUCCUAAUUGUGUCCACGCCAACACUGAUCUAUCUUGGGCAUGUCCUGCUGGUGAUUCGCAAAGAAAACAAGCUGAGGAGACGCCUGGAGCAGAAACUUGGUAAGAAUGGGAUGGUGAAAGCUCCAAAGUAUUCAGAUGAACAUGGCAAAGUGCAGCUUAAGGGUGCCCUGCUGGUCAGCUACGUGAUACAGCUGCUGUUAAAGAUCCUGCUUGAAGUGGGAUUCAUCGUAGGCCAGUACUACCUCUAUGGCUUCAUAUUCAUGCCUACUAAGAUUUCAUUUCCCCACUACCCCUGUCCAUCGCCGGUAGACUGUUUCAUUAGUCGUCCCACAGAGAAAAGCAUCUUUAUUGUCUUUAUGUUGGCAAUGGCUGUUCUCUCUGUGAUCCUCAACAUCGUGGAGAUAUUCCACCUAUUCAUCUCAAAAAUGAGGGAGAGGAAAAGGAGGAGCAGUGGCUUGGUUCCCCCAGAGGUCUACAAUCUCAGUAAACCAAACCACGGUGAUAGAGUUACAUUUUGUUGAAGGACUGUGAACAGAGAUGUUCAGCUUUCAGAUGGAUCCUGCAGUCUGCCAAGGACCUUGCUUCUCAUUUUGCUCAAGAUUGACAUAUGUCAUUUCCAGUUUUGAAUUAGCAUUAUUUAAUUAUAAUUUGAGAGUACUAAAUGUAUCUGGUGUAUCUACAGUAAUACAUUCUAUAUUUUAAUUUUUAAUUACGGGCUUAAAGAAACAAAAUGUGUGGAGUAGCAGGAUGAAUGGUGUUUAAACCUUUCUAUCAAAUUGCACACAAGUGGUUGAUAUAAAGAGGACAUUAUCUGAUCCAAGAACUGUUGAAUAAUGUGGAGUUUGGUUUGCAUGAAACUUCUCAGUUUACAGUUAAAGCUGAGGUAUCAUAAACUACCAAGAAAAAUUGUUAUGUAUUUCAAAUGUAAAUUUGACCAACAUCGUUAUCAAUAUUGUGGCUUUAAAAGUUCACACCAAAGGACAAAAUUUCUAGAGAGGAAAGCCACAUUCUGGCAUAAGUCAUCUCUACAUAUUGUGGCUGAAGCAUGGGUUCAGGGUCGCUUUGACGUGGGUCAUUUCAAAACUGUAUGACUGUAUAAUCUGUGCAAUUGUUGUGUUUAGUUAACCUCUUUAUUUUGUGAGUGUCUGUGUAUUUGUGAGAUGUUGACUAGUUAAAGAGACACACAGCCUUUCUUCAAUAGGCUGUACAACAAAUUUUAUAUUGUUUAAUUUUAAGAUUUUCAUGGGUUAAAACAUAAUUCUUUAUUCUGCUGCUGUACAGUAGAAUAUAUCUGUAAUUGAUUUUUAAUCUUAAAUAAAUUUAAUCAAUAAAGCAUUGUUUAAACUGAAGAA